CUUCACACCAGCAGUCAAAGUCAAAGUCAAAUUUAUUUCUCUAGUGCUUUUUACAACAGUUGGCACAAAGCAGCUUUACAAGUGUCCGAGUCCAAGCCUCCAGUGAGCGAGCCAAGGGCGACGGUGGGAGGAGAAACUCCAUAGAGCAUGAGGAAGAAACCUGGAGAGGAACCGAGACUCAGAGGGGGCGUCCUCCUCUGGCUGACAGCGGUCACCGUGAUAGUAAAAAUAUAGACAAUAAGGCGCAGAAUAAGCAGUGAAAAACGAAAUAACUAAAUACUAAAUAUGAAAAAAUCAAUAUCUAAUCCGGCUUUCUAGAAGCCCUAGUCUGGUCCCGCCAGUGUGCGCGUGUCCGAAACACAUCUUGCAUCUUGUCUGUCAAGGGCAACGGAGAAGUAUUUGUCUGGGGUGGAGGUGUGGUGGGAUACCCUCCUUACUUCACACCAGCAAGCGGUCAGCCAGGUGGGAGUGCUCACAGUUUACAGUGAGGAUGAGGACGCUUACCUGGCUCACCUGUCGCACACCUUCGUCCUCACAGAUGACAGAGGGACGUCUCUGCCAGGUGCACCUCCUGGACGACAGGAAGCUGGAGCUGCUGGUCCAGCCCAGGCUGUUGUCCCGGGAGCUCCUGGAUUUGGUCUCAUCUCACUUUAACCUGAAGGAGAAGGAGUACUUCAGCUUCACCUUUGAAGAUGACACUGGUCAGUGUAAAUGGCUUCAGCUGGAACGCAGAGUUUUGGACCAUGACUUCUCCAGGAAGUCUGGUCCCAUCGCCCUCAGCUUCAGGGUCAGAUUUUACAUUGAGAACAUUUCCCAGCUGAAGGAGCACACAACCGUGGAGCUUUUUUUUCUCAAUGCUAAAGCUGCCAUUUAUAACGGCGACAUCGAGGUGGAGAGUGAACUCGUUUUCAAACUGGCUGCACACGCUCUGCAGGUUAGAAGAGUCCCGUUGGGUUUGGUUUUCUUAUUAAUCUUGUACUCUAUUUGCCACACUGACAGAAACCCAAAACAUGAACACAAAUGUGGUUUAUAUUUCCAGGAAGCCAAAGGCGACUAUACCAGUGACGAGAACACCAGGGUGGACUUAAAGAAGCUUCCCACUCUGCCAACCAGAGUCCUGAAGGAACAUCCAUCUCUGGCUUACUGUGAAGAGAGAGUGAUUCAGCACCACAGGCAGUUGAAGGGCGCAUCUCGUGGUCAAGCCAUCGUACAGUACUUGACCCUAGUGGAGGCCUUGCCCACAUACGGAGUGCACUACUAUGCAGUGAAGGAUAAACAGGGCAUCCCUUGGUGGCUUGGAAUCAGCUACAAAGGCAUUGGGCAGUACGACAUCCAGGACAAAGUGAAACCGCGAAAGCUGUUUCAGUGGAAGCAACUGGAGAACCUGUACUUCCGCGAGAAGAAGUUUGCAGUGGAGGUGAACGACCCUCACAGACGGGCAGUGACUAAACGGACAUUUGGACAGACGGGGUUGGUGAUCCACACGUGGUAUGCCAGUCACUCUCUGAUCAAAACCAUCUGGGUCAUGGCCAUCAGCCAACACCAGUUCUACCUGGACCGAAAACAGAUCAAGGCGAAGAUCACCGCGGCCAGGAGUUUGGGAGACAUCGCCACAGACCUGACAGAGAAUGGGUCGUCAAAAGUGAGCAGGCUGAACGCGGGAAUAAAGAACCAGCAUGUGACGGCCAGCAACGGGAGCCUGGUGUCUACAGGCUCUGCAGACUCAGAGAUGAACGAUGACCAGAAGAAGGAAAAGCUCUCUGAGCUGAGGAAGAAAGAGAAGGAGAUUCAGGGCGCACUGAAUGAGAAGAUGGCAGAACUGAAGAAGAUCUGCUUAAGGGAAGCGGAGCUGACUGGCAAACUGCCCAAAGAGUACCCCAUGAGUGUCGGAGAGAAACCCCCCGGUUUCAGGAAGAGAAUUGGGACAGCUUUUAAACUGGACGAGCUUUUCCCUUAUAAUGAGGACCCGUACCUGAGGAACCUGGAGAGCCGCUUCGCUCUGCAGCAGAAGAUCGUGGAGGCGGCGAAGAAGCUGGCAGCGGAGCCUGACAUCAGCAAGACGGUGAAGAAGAAGCGCAGGCGCAACUGCCUGGAUGCCGUGCACAGGUUGCAGGAGAUCGAGGACGAGAUGAACCGCUACCGCGUGAAGAAGGGCAAGAAGCCAACGCAGAGGGCAUCACUCAUCAUCGCAGAUGACAUGGCCCCCUCUGACUGCAGCUCUCUCUGCGAGAGUCUCCCUCUGGAUGACGAUGAUGACAGUGGCCAGAGCAGGCGCUCUCACUCCAUUCAGAGCCCCACCUUUCUCAACGCUCCGCCCACCUCUGGCCUGGACUAUGAUGCAGAGAGAAGAUCCUCAGAGAGUGACACACACCAUGAUAAGAGAUCGCUCAGCAGGCUGGAUGGUGAGCUACAGGGUAAUGCCCUUCACUACAGGUCUCGGGAGGUGGCGUCGGCCACCAACAGCCCGUAUAAAACUGUCCCGCGCAGGCAGGCGGAGGUGCCCGGCGUAACAAACACCCCUGUCAUGACCCGCAACGCCUUCAGCAGCAACCAGCUCGGGUCCGAGGCCUGUAUCCAUGGUUUCCGGCAUCGCAGCGGCAGCCUGGAGUCCCAGGCCCAGCUGCUGUGUUAUCCCGGCUCGGAGAGGGCAAUUUUCCCAGCGUUCCCGUCGCGCCGCAGCAACAGCAGCGAUGUCCUGGACGACUGCUCCUCCUACACCAGUCUGUGCAGCUCUGACAUCUUCACGCCGUGCUCCUCCACGCCGCCAUACCGCACACACGACCGCCGUCACCACUGCAAGGUGGAGAUCUACGGGAACGCGGGGAGCAUGCCCAACCUGGUCCCCAGCAGCUACACCUACCACCCACACCCUCACUACAGCUCCACCGCCUACUACGUCACCGGCUACCCCGCCCUAGACUACGAGCCGUACACCAACGGCACGUACGUGUAUGAAAACGAACUGGAGGGCCACUACAACGUCAACCCCUCCUACCAAGUGCACGGUUACCACGGCCACAACCGGAGCGGGCAUUACGGGAUGGACGGCACAGACAGUUUGUCCCAGAACCCCUACGCGACGGUGCGGCCUGCGCGGACCAGGCAGGGCCCCAGGGGCGAAGUCGUGGCCAGAAGCAUGCAGAAGGCGCUGAUGGUGGAGCACCUAAGAGGCUGGUACAACCGCACCACGGGCUACAGGGACUACGGCGCUCGGACCCUGCACUGCAGCUACGACUACGACCGCGGCUCCCAGCACAGCCUGGGCUACCAGACGCUGCCCACUCCCAUGAGCUCCUCCACCAGAACCAACUCCUACUCCUCAGUGUCCUCUGUGACCAGUACAGGGCCAAACUGGCCCAGUCCCUCAGCAGUGGGACGGGGAGAGAAUGAUAUGGACACCCCCCUCACCCCCCAGUCUGUCGGGCCCGGAGCCUACAGCCUCAUCCACAGCAGAUUCCCUGUGGAAUGCAGUCCUAGCAGACACUCCGCCUCCCUGUCUCAGAACUCCGAGUCUGGGGAGGUGUUUGGUGCCAUGGCCAGCUGCUCGGGGACAGAACAUCAGGCAAACAGAAGCACAGUUUGAACGGAUACUGCAGGACAAGUGCUGCAGUGGUUUCCAUUCCCAGGAAGAGUGAACACAGAGCGGAACAAACCGAGAUACGCCGUGAGCCCCCUCUCCCUGGAAAAAAAGCCACGGCUGGACUCUGGGAGCAGGAUGCUUUAUCCGGCGUAGCGUAGCUGGGAACACGCACCUCAGCAGCACAGCCCAGCAAAACAGACAGUUAAAACGGUCAAAGGGUCUGGAAGCACCAGUGCCUCCACAGCGCCGCAGUCUACACGCUGAAAUAAAAGAUCACUGGGACCAAGACCUACAACAGUGAGAUUCACAGCGGAUGUCCGCGUAUUUAAUCCAGAGAUUUUGUGAGAGACACAGAAACAGCCAUAUCACGUUAAUCUGCCUUUUUUUUUGUACUCCACGUGUUAGUCCUAUAGUGCUGUUCUUAUGCUGAAUUUUCAUAUCCUGAGCGUUAGAGCUGUCUGCCAUGUGUCGUUUAUGACAUUCCUCGUGACCUGAAGUCAGGGCUAAAAGGAUGCGUAAACACGAAUAAAAGCUUUUUCCAUGAUAGCGCCGUAGUGGCAGCCGCCAGACCUGCCGUAAAUCCACCUCUGAAUGGCUCCUAUCAUCUGCUUAUGGGCUUUUUGUUUAUUUGUUUUAGAAACAAUUAUUGUGCCUUAGCACAAUUACACUGAGUUGCCAGUUUGUUAGAUGCUCCCCCUCCAACCUUCCAACACGCUUCCCACUACACAGCUGUAGAUCGCACACAAGACAUGUCAUGUGACUGUGGUGUGUGGUAUAAUUUAGGUAGACAGGUAUUUCACCUGUGAGUGUGUGUGUGUGUGUGUGUGUGUGUGAGACAGUUUGCAUUCCUGUUGUACCUGCCAUUCCAAGCUUUUACCAUUCAGGUGUUUCUGGGGUUUACUGGGAGUUUACUGGGAGUGGUGUGGAAAACAGUGAUGUUAUGGCCAAAAAAAAAAGCACGGGUAAAACUAGAAUGCCGAAAAUCCCACAGGCAAACACAUGGAUCAGAACCUGCAAAUCACAUCCAAAUUCACGUUAGUGUGAAGAUGUCACAAUGUCUUCAGAUUGGCUUCUCUCGGGGAUUAAUGACAGUAGGUGAAGACCACGCUGACGUUAACAGAAAACAAGGAAGAGACAAUCUCUAGUUGGCACAAACAUUUUAUUCGUACAGCACUUUCUUAAACACAGUUUCCAAAGUACUCUGCACAGAAUAAAGAAUCCGUAUAAGGAUAAUAAAGUCAUUAUGAAGGGUUACAUAUGGUUACUUUAACUAGAAGACUUGAAUUACCAUAAAGAACGAAAUGAAAAACUAAAUUAAAGGCACAUUAAUAGAUUCAUUUUAAAAGAAUUCAAGUUAAAAAAAAAAACAAUCGUGUUUGUUGUGAAGUUGUCUGCAUAUGCUAAGGGGGUGAAAUGCUGAGGAGAACAUUCUUCUAACACACGGAUGGACCUUCUCACCACUGAAGAAUAUUUGCUUCUUCUCAAUAUGCCUGCAGAUCAUGUUCUACAUCCUCGUGGCUUAAGUUUGCUCCAUCUUAAGAGGAUGCGUGCAGCAGGUUAACCAAACACCCUCACAGCGGUGAGGUCCCUCUGCUUCAGUGGUCUGCACAGUCCCCAGAUCCAGACCUCAUCCAGUGCCCGUGGGACGUGAUUGGAAAGUGCAGACUACAACAAGACUGCACAGCGGACCAAUAACAGCAACUGUUCAGCAGUCAUUUUAGUACGUUUAUACAUGUUCAUACAUGUUCAGCUCCUGCUGUUCUGGACGACGAAGGAGACACAUCACAUUACUAGAUAGGUGCACCUAAUAAACUAGUAACUCAGUUCUGUAGACCCAAAGUUACAUUUGGAGAAAGGGUCUGCUGACCCCUUCGUAAACCUUCACACAGUGGGAAGAAUCAUAACCUGUGGGAAAAAAAACAAUCCCUAAGAAUGUGCCGUUACCUUUAGGUCUACUGGAAACACACCUGCGUUCCAUGCUGGAAUACAUGGACUUUUUUAUUCUGAUUGUCUUGCUAUGAUGUACAGGAUGUGGUAUUUUUCUGUAUAUUGUUGAUUUCUGUUGUGUAGAAGUAUGUGGUGUAAAAAGCAAACAUUAAUGAACAGCCUGUUCUGUGGGGGGGUUUCUUUAAUGUGCAUUUGACGUGGAUGUGAGCAUCGUCCAUUCCUCCAUGUGCUCAUCAGCCAGCAGUGAUAUCUGUGCAGUGUUCGUGUUCAGUCUUCGUCUCAACAAAAAUAAAAAAAACACCUGC